UAUUUCAAUUUAAGCCACUAAUCUACAAUUUAAUGUUAAUAGACAGAAUGAAGUUAUUGGUGUGUUUGAUGUUAGUCUGCCUGUCGUGGGUCAGUAGCGCUAAACUCAGCUGCAACUGUGGAUGGAGGAACUCAGGCAGGAUCGUCGGGGGAAAGGAGACCCGUAAGAACGAGUAUCCUUGGAUGGUGUCUCUUAGCAACGGAUGUGGAGGAUCCAUCAUUACUCCAUGGCACGUGCUCACUGCUGCUCAUUGCACACAUGGAGAAAGACCCUCAGGGAUCACAGUUUCCGCCGGAAGACACUACAAAUAUGGGGAUAACCCAAAUUUACAAGUACAUCACGUAGCUAAGAUCAUUCAACACAAAGGUUAUGAUGACAACAGCGACGGAUCCCCGGAUGAUAUAUCUGUGCUUGUACUUGCUACCCCCAUCCGUUUCAACCAAAAUGUCGGUCCAGUGUGUAUGCCUAGCAGCAGUUAUAAUUUGUUAGGAAAGUUCAUCAAAGUUACAGGGUGGGGCCUCACCAAAGGCACAGGUGACCAGAACGCUCUUCGAGAAGUUGACGUCGAAGUUAUUUCUAACAGCGUAUGCAGACGUAGCUGGCCCCUACUCAACUCUCGCCCAACUCAGAUCUGCGCCUACACGCCCAAGAAGGACUCUUGCAAUUUUUGGAUAAACAGAUCCUUUCUUCCCUAUUGCGUCCGUAAAAUUUGUAAAGAUCUCCAGCCUAAUAACCUCAAAGGCGGUGCUCUGGUCUACCUGGACCCUAACACCAACAGGUACACCCAGGUGGCUUUGGUCUCCUAUGGACAUCCACAAUGUGGAAUAGUCGCCAAGCCAUCGGUCAACACUGAUGUGUUCGCAUACAUCGGUUGGAUCAAGCAGGCUAUUGCCCAAAUGAAAGUAUUGGUGUGCCUGCUGUUUGUCUGCCUGUCGUGGGUAAAUAGCGCUAAUCUCAGCUGCAACUGCGGAUGGAGGAACACAGGUAGGAUCGUCGGCGGACAGGAGACCCGUAAGAACGAGUAUCCUUGGAUGGUGGCUCUGAGCAACGGAUGUGGAGGAUCCAUCGUUACUCCAUAUCACGUCCUCACAGCUGCACAUUGCACUGCAGAAGAAAGACCUUCGAGUAUCAUAGUUUCCGUCGGAAGACACUACAAAUACGGCAGUAACCCAAAUUUACAAGAACAUCGUGUAGCUAAGUUCAUUCAACACAGAGGCUACAAUCACGCAAGUGACGCAUCCCUCAAUGACAUAUCUAUCCUUGUACUUGCUACUCCCAUCCGUUUCAACCAAUAUGUCGGCCCAGUGUGUAUGCCCAGCAGCAGUUAUAAUUUGUUAGGAAAGUUCAUCAAAGUUACAGGUUGGGGCCUCACCAAAGGCACAGGUGACCAGAACGCUCUUCGGGAAGUUGACGUCGAAGUCAUUUCUAACAGUGUAUGCAGACGUAGCUGGCCCCUAGUAAACUCUCGCCCAACUCAGAUCUGUGCUUACACUCCCAAAAAGGACUCUUGCAACGGAGACUCAGGCGGUGCUCUGGUCUACCUGGACCCUGACACCAACAGGUACACCCAGGUGGCUUUGGUCUCCUAUGGACAUCCACAAUGUGGAAUAGUCGCCAAGCCAUCGGUCAACACUGAUGUGUUCGCAUACAUCGAUUGGGUCAAGCAGGCUAUUGCCCAAACCUACCCAAAAGAACAGAUCUGCACAAAAGUCUGAGCUGGAGGAAACCAGAAUUGAAACCUUUUGAAAACUUUUUAUUACAAUAAAGUAUGUUUCUAUUUAAAGAUUUUUUUUUUUUAAAUCGCUUAACCAAAAUCCAAUAUAAAUUGUUAAUAAUAGUUUCUAUGACUGCUUUAUAAACACGCAAAAACCGAACUAAAUUCGAUGUGGCAUGCAUUUUACUCAAUUUUCAUAUACUACCUGAGGGGUGCCCAACUCCCCCAAGGUCGAUAGCGCAAGGGCCUAGUCCUCCCUCACUCCUCCUCCCUCAGCCCUCCUCCCUCAGCCCUCCUCCCUCAGCCCUCCUCCCUCACUCCUCCUCCCUCACUCCUCCUCCCUCAGCCCUCCUCCCGAGAUAUUCUAUUGCUCACCUUUAUUAAAAACAGAGCAAGCUGAGGUAGAAUUAAAAAAAUCGAAGAUCAUAUAUAAAUACACUUGCUGCUGUCAG